AUGGCAGUUCGCUCCCUUUUACAGGCAUCCUUUCUCUCGCCAAACGAGAGAGCACGGCAGCAAUAUCCAAGGAGAUCUACUGCUUCGCCAGAUCCUUUCUCUCACUUUUCAAUCCACGAAUCUGGGUCGGACUUCUUCAGACGCCCAGACUUAGAUGAGCAGUUUGCCAGACUACUUGCCCAGCCUGUUUUAUAUCAUCCAUGGGUCGAAGACUUACCAAACACGGGAAUCACGCAUCUUUAUAUUACUGGCAACCAGAUAUCAGUGGAAGCUGUCGCCAGUCUUUUGGUCUCUGCCCAGUUACACGCUUUAGAUUUCGGGACCAUCAGCAUUCCAGAUAAAGCACAUCAAUCGCACCACUAUGGGAAGGAGAAAUAUCCUGGAGCUGAGAAACUUGUCCCGCUUUUGGGCAAGGUUGCAGGGGACAAUCUGAUAUACUUUCGAGCGCAUCAUGCUGUUCUUACCGGCCAGCCACCAGCCAAGGACGCUGCAUCUGAGAUUGAGUUUCUUCCAGAGCUUUCGGCACAAGAAAGCCCCCGUGAAGUUAGUCAAUUCGAGCUAGACGCCACACAGCUGGUUCAUGAGUUGCCUGAAGACACACGACCAAUCUUUGAACUUGCAGAUACGUCAAUGAGCGGUGCACUCAAUCCAACUUGGACAACCAAAGGGUUACAAACUUCCCAUAGAUUGACCCUCUACAAGGAUGAGCCUUUGCCGUCGGUCCGACGUGGGUCAGCUUUUGCUCCAGAAGUUGUACAGUCCACCUCUGUACACAACCACGCCAGUGGAAGCAUGAGCUUUGGUGUUUCUAGGACAGAAACUUCGGGUACAGAGCAGAAUGAUGGAAAUACAUUACCGUCUAUCUGCAUGUCUCCAGACUGCGAUACUCCCGCGACGGAUUUCUCUCUCCAGACAACCUUAAGAGGCAGUUCCCCGAAUUCAUCCAACGAUCUUCGCGCUCAGAUGAUACAAAUGUUACUGGCCAAACGACCCCGUAACCAAUCAAUUCCACUCCAAGGAGGGAAGGAGAGCCGGUUUCCUUACCUGCACCCAUCACAUAUUCCCCACAUGGAAACAUUGGUACUGACGGAUGUACCGUCACAUGUGGCACCCAACUCAUCGAUUGUCUCUGCUCUCACUCGAUUCAUCACAGCCUGCUCCAAUGAAGCAUUGCUCGCAACUCUACAGGCGGGAUCGGAUUACUCCCUUCCACCAGGGAAAGCACGCAUGCAAGCCGAGCAGCAACGCUCACGCUCUCUCUUUGGCUUGCGACGCUUAGUUCUUGAAAUCACACCUGUCGACACCUCCAAACUGACAUCAUGGAAACCCGGAAAUCAAUAUAAUGCCAUGGGGCAAUCAAGCACAGGUGACCGCGAUUCGGAAAAUCUUUGGUCUGCAGCUGCCGACGACUUCAGCUUCUUUGGCGAAGAAGAGUGUGGAGUCCCUGAAAACGAUCCUAGCAAGUACUUUCCAAUGGCUGUGCUUAACGAAAAGGUUACGCUUGUGCCUUCCGAGGAUGACUCGAUAUACUCACCCGAUUCUCCUCAAAUCAGACAACAUGUAUCGCAAAGCACAAGAGGCCCCAGCUCCCCAUUGACCUCUAGGAAUAAUGCGGGGCAGAUGGUUGAUCUUGUUUCAGAGCUUGCGGCCUUUCGUCGGGGCAAGAAGGCUGAAUACGAGCAGGUGGUUCGACGUGAGAGAGGGCGGCGGAGCACGACCGGGGCGGGUAUUUCCGGGCUUCUGGUGCCAUCAUCACCCCAUGUUUCACUGUCACACUAUGUCGAGGGAUACUGGAAGGGAGAAGUGAAGAUCGUUCGGAACCCAAUGCCCAAGGUGCGGACCGGGAUGGUAGACAUGUAUGGGAACUAUUUCGAGAAGGGUUACCUGUACCCAUGA